AGGGCGCAGGAGAGGCUCUGCGCGCGCGUUGCGCAGGGCCUCCGCCGGGCGGCACAUGCCCUGACGCCCCCCGAUGUGCCCCGGCCGAGGCGGCGGCAGGACAUGGACGUCCUACCACGGGCCUCCGCGGGGGGGUCGCCGGCCUCCGGGGGACCUACCGGGCGGCGAAGAGGUGGUGCCUGGAGAGGAUCUACGUCGUCAAAAGCUCUGGUUCCACCACUACGACCGCACGGUCGCCCUGCUCUGCCACCGGCGGCGGCAGCUCUCGCAGCGCGGCGUGGCCACCUUCUACCACGAGUCCCCGCAGGCCGCCGCGGCCAGGCAGUUCCACCGCCGGUGUACGACUUCACGCAGAUGCAGCACGGCGUCAGGUCCAGGGGCCUCUGACGCCUCCCGGCCUCGCGCCCCGCGAGGCGCGCGGCCGCCGGAGGUCUCGCCGGCCGCAGGGCAUCGCAGCGGUGCGGAGCGGCUGGAGGCUCGGGCGCCUGAGUGGCCGCCCGCACCGCGCUCCCAGGGGAGCCGCAGGCAGGGGCGUGGAAGGCACCGCUCGUGCCCCUCGUCCCGCGCGAGGAGGCAGCUGCGGGCGGAGGGGAGGCGCGCUCACGGGCAGCGCGCGGGGCCCGCCCUCGCGCCCGACGCGUGCCGUCGUAUCGCUCUCCAAGGCUCGGUGUAGGCGGCCGCUGGGGGGCCUCGAGGGCCAGGCGGUCGUCACGGAGGGGGCGCGUCACGGGAAGGGGGUCGGUCAGGCGCCCGACUUGUGCGACAGCGCCCCCCCCCCCGUCCAUUGGCCGCUCGCAGGCAGGCGUGCGUCAGGCCCUCCUUGGCCCCGCGCCUCGGAUCAGAGGACUCAAGUGGUACAAGGAUGCCGCCGAUUCCCGGUCCCUCGCCCCCCCCCCUGGCUGGGUCUGCUUGGGAAGCCGGGUCAGACCGCACCCAGGGCAAGACCCACGGGAGUACAGCCCGGACGCUGCAGUGAGAGCCAGCCUGGGCUCUGGAGGGGCUCUGGUUUUCGGGCCGUUCCUCGGGUCUUGGUCGGGGAGCCUAUUCGGGGCCGGGGUUCGCCGCGCCCCUUCGUUCCCCUGGCCGCGUUCCCCAUGGCAGCACGAUGCCCGUGUCGAUACCGGGACCUUUGCGUGCCCCGAUCCUGCUCACUCCUGCGUCGCUUCCAGGUUUUGUGCGAUCCCUGUGCAGAAGCGUCCUGCCCAGUGUACAGGGAGCGGGCGCUCCAUCAGCCUUCCGAGCUCCGUGCGGCCCGCAGCCUUUCAAAAACCACGACAGGGCGGAGGUGCGUGUUCUCGGUGCGAGAA